AUCUGGUAGUGUAAUCGCAGAUGGGUCAAAAUGCCAUCGUUGUUUGUUUACAUCCUGCACAAAGGCAGCGAAAGCCUACAAGUGUUUUGGGCUUUCAAGUUUUCAUCCAAAUUGUUCGUGAUGGGAUUGUGUUCGUCGUGUUUUAAAGGAUCUUCAGAGGAACUACUUACACCGGACGUAGAGGUCCGUCGUCAGCAGCAGCGAGAAGCAGCAGAGCGACGACGAAUAGAACAGGAAUCACGAGGCAUUAAGGAUCCGGACAAGGUUCGCAGACAGCAGCAACGAGCGAUGGAGCAAGAACGGCGUGAACAGGAGGCCACUCGAAUGGGAGGACAGCAACCAACACUGAAGUGGCAGCAAGAUUAACCAGGAACUGUGGCUCCUGAUCCUACCUUUUUGCUGUCGAACAACAGAAGAACCAAUUUUUAAAAAUUUGUGCCCGUUAUUUUGUGUGUAUCGUGAAUCGCGUGUAUUUAUGUUUGCGUUGAAAUAAACUCGUAAAAACAAUGA